AAAUAAGCAUCUCCUCUUCUUCUCUAAAGCCAUCUCCACAAUCACACCUCACUUGGAGAACAAACACAUACAGCAGACACCUUAGCACUCCAAUGGCGGCCACCACCAUGUCCCUCUCCUCAUCGACAUUCGCCGGAAAGGCGGUGAAGAAUGUCCCAUUAUCGGCUCUCUUCGGUGAGGCUCGCGUCACCAUGCGCAAGACCGCGGCGAAAGCUAAGCAAGUUUCCUCCAGCAGCCCAUGGUACGGAGCUGAUCGUGUGCUCUACCUCGGCCCACUCUCUGGCGAGCCCCCAAGCUACCUCACCGGUGAGUUCCCCGGUGACUACGGGUGGGACACGGCUGGACUCUCUGCUGACCCCGAGACCUUCUCGAAGAACCGCGAGUUGGAGGUGAUCCACUGCCGCUGGGCUAUGCUUGGUGCACUGGGUUGCGUGUUCCCUGAGUUGCUUGCCCGCAAUGGCGUGAAGUUCGGCGAGGCUGUCUGGUUCAAGGCCGGCUCGCAAAUCUUCAGCGAGGGUGGCCUCGACUACCUCGGCAACCCAAGCCUCGUCCAUGCUCAGAGCAUCCUUGCCAUUUGGGCUUGCCAGGUUGUGCUCAUGGGCGCUGUUGAGGGGUACCGUGUUGCCGGCGGCCCACUCGGCGAGAUCGUCGACCCUCUCUACCCGGGCGGAAGCUUUGACCCACUCGGUCUGGCCGAUGACCCUGAAGCAUUCGCCGAGCUCAAGGUGAAGGAGAUCAAGAACGGCCGCCUUGCCAUGUUCUCGAUGUUUGGCUUCUUUGUCCAGGCCAUAGUCACCGGCAAGGGCCCUCUUGAGAACCUCGCUGACCACAUCGCCGACCCCGUCAACAACAACGCUUGGGCAUUUGCCACAAACUUCGUCCCCGGCAAAUAAGGUGUCCCGGAGCUAGUCAUGUUGAAGUGUGAGGUUGUGUGGUUUGAUUUGUACUACCAUGAUGUAAAUUAUGAGAAUUCUAUGGAGAAGCAUUGUUAGAUUUGACCA